GGCAAUAAAUGAUUCCCAUCCGAGUUCCUGCCUCGACUUCCGUCUUGUAGCGAGAGAGAAAGAUGAGGUCGGUGCUUCCACUCCGCCACCUUCCCUUCGUCCUUCUCCUCCUCCUCCUUCUCGCCGGCGGCAGUCGCGAGGGGGCAGAGGCGGCGCCAUUCAUCUGCAACGCCACCGCGAAGGCCUUGUGCCGGGCCCUCCUCGGCUACGUGCCCCCCAACGCCACCACCUACGCCGCCGUCAAGUCCCUCUUCCAGGUCCGCUCCCUCCGCUCCCUUAUCGGAGACAACGGCCUUCCCCUCUCCACCCACUCCUCCGCCGUCGUGCAUGCGAACUCCACCAUUCGCGUCCGCUUCCCCUGCUCCUGCUCCAACGGCACCGGCGUAUCCGCCCGCAACCACCCCAUCUACAAGGUCAAGGCCGGCGACGGCCUCGACGCCAUCGCCCGCAACGUCUUCGACGGAUUCGUCACCUACCAGGAUAUCGCGGCGGCGAACAAGAUCGCGGACCCCGACAAGAUUGAGGUGGGGCAGAAGCUGUGGAUCCCGCUGCCGUGCAGCUGUGACCCGGUGGACGGUGCCGCCGUGGUCCACUACGCCCACUUGGUGGCGGCCGGGAGCUCGGUGGAGGGGAUCGCGGCGGAGUUCGGGACGGACGAGGCCACGCUGCUGCGGUUGAAUGGGAUUAGCGAUCCGACGAAGCUGCUGGCCGGCCAGGUUCUUGAUGUCCCUCUUCGAGCUUGUUCUUCCUCAAUAAGCAACAAAUCUGCGGACCAUCGUCUCCUCCUUACAAAUAAUAGCUAUACUCUCACCGCCAAAGACUGUGUUCUCUGCAGCUGCAGCUCCUCCUCUUGGCAGCUAAACUGCCAACCUACCACAGGAAGAAGCUCCUCAACUUGCCCUCCAGCCAAGUGUGGAAGUCUUUAUCUUGGCAACUCAUCAUCCAUCUCGGCCUGUGAGAGCACUACAUGUGCCUAUACUGGCUACACCAGUGCCCCCAACUUCACCAUUCUGACGAACCUCACCACCCUGCCCCUAUGCAACAAUGGGAGUGCGCCGCAGUCUCAGCCAAGUGGCAGUUCUGCUCCAGGGUCAAAUUGGAUGGAGCUUUUCAUUACCAUUCACAUGGCUUUGCUUUGUUUCAGUUUUCUUUGGCGUGGCAAGAAUUGAAAGAAAGGCUUCUACUUUUUUGCUUACUUGGCUGUUGUACCAGUAAAUUAGUCUCUUUUUUUCUGACGUAUGCGGCAUUGGAUGUUUUGUAAUUCAACAAAAUAAGUUCAUAAGAGAAUAACUUGUUAAGCUGUUUA